AAAAUGUCUCGUGAAUUGAUGGUUCAGGAUAGUGGGGACACUAUCGGAAAUACUCCAUUGGUGCUUCUCCGAAAUAUUUCCAAAGGCUUGGAUGCCAGAAUCGCUGUCAAAGUGGAAUAUCUGAAUCCAUCGUGCUCUGUCAAGGAUCGAAUUGCCAAGUCAAUGGUGGACGAAGCCGAGAAAGCUGGAACAAUUGUGCCCGGAAAAACGGUUCUCGUUGAGGGAACCAGUGGAAAUUUGGGCAUCGCUUUGGCUCAUAUUGGAAAGAUUCGAGGAUACAAGGUGAUUCUCGUGAUGCCAGCCACCAUGAGCGUUGAGCGUCGUGCCAUGCUCCGAGCCUACGGAGCCGAGGUGAUCCUGUCCGAUCCAGCUGAAGGACAUCCGGGAGUUAUUAAGAAAGUGGAGAUGCUUGUCGAUAAGCUUCCAAAUGCUCAUUGCCUUGAUCAAUUCUCGAAUCCCGCCAAUCCAGCCGCUCAUUAUCGUACCACUGGGCCAGAAAUUUGGAGGCAAACCGAAGGAAAAGUUGAUAUUGUGUGCUUUGGUGUAGGAUCGAGUGGAACUGUGACAGGAGUCGGAAGAUACCUCCGCGAGCAGAAUCCGAAUAUUGAGAUCUACCCGGUUGAGCCAUACGAGAGUUCAGUCUUGAGUGGGCUGCCAAGAGGGCCACACAAAAUUCAAGGAAUCGGUGCCGGCAUUGUGCCAGGAAACGUCGAUCGCUCGUUGUUCACGGAAAUUUUGCGCAUCAAGUCUGACGAUGCGAUGCAAAUGGCGCGGCGACUCGCCGACGAGGAGGCAAUUCUCGGUGGAAUCUCGUCCGGAGCCAACGUCGUCGCUGCCGUGGAGCUGGCUAGUCGCCCCGAGAACAAGGGAAAAUUGAUUGUGACCACUGUGAACAGCUUUGCAGAGAGAUACUUCACCACGGAGCUGUACUCGGAUGUGCUCAAUGAAGUUUCACAAUUGACUUUUUCAAGUGACGAUGAGGCGAUGGGAAUUGCGAAGAAAUAUUUGGGUCUCUAAAUGUAUUUAACUGACAUAAGAUUGAGAAUUUUUGGAAAUUUAAAAUAAAUUGUAUUCCCCA